AGUGAGGUCCAGAUACCCACAGAGCAGAGACAGUCGCUCACACAUGAUGAGGGUCAUCAUCCUCCUGCUCACACUGCAUGUGCUAGGCGUCUCCAGUGUGAUGAGUCUCAAAAAGAAGAUUGACGGGCCUUGGCAAACAAUUUACUUAGCUGCCAGUACCAUGGAAAAGAUAAAUGAAGGCUCACCAUUGAGAACCUACUUCCGUCACAUUUUGUGUGGGAGGAGAUGCAACCAAGUCUACCUCUAUUUUUUUAUUAAGAAAGGGACUAAGUGCCAACUGUAUAAAGUCAUAGGAAGGAAAAAACAAGAAGUUUACUAUGCACAGUAUGAAGGGAGCAUAGCAUUCAUGUUAAAGAUGGUAAAUGAGAAGAUAUUGUUGUUUCAUUAUUUUAACAAGAACAGAAGAAAUGAUGUCACACGAGUGGCUGGAGUUUUGGCAAAAGGCAAACAACUGAAUAAGGAGGAGAUGACGGAGUUCAUGAACUUAGUGGAAGAAAUGGGCAUUGAGGAAGAGAAUGUACAGCGUAUCAUGGACACGGACAACUGUCCAAGCAAGAUCAAACCUUAGUGACUCAACAAGAUCAGGAUUAGCAUUACAGAUGACAUCAGGAAUUUUCCAGUAUAUUUUUCCUGGAACCUGAAACAUCAAUAUGAAGAUGAAGCAAUCUUGUCUCUCAGAUCAUAUUUUCCUAUUUAUUGCAAAUUACAAUUCCUGUCUCUGUACUUUCUCUUUCACUCAUUGUUUCCCAUGUUCUAAUCGGUAUUAGUGCAUCUUUGAAUGUUUAAAUAAAUUUAUUUUACUUGCAUA